AUUAUAUCAUUUGUAAUAACAAUUGAUAAGUUAAAACAAAAAUAUAUACCUAUUUACUUAUUUUUUGCAUAAAAAAUUUAACUUUGAACAAAAUAUUAAAAUUUCAUUGAAGUGCAAGGUAUUAGUAUGGCCACAACGUUGUGUACAUGCAAAAUGGACAGCUGUGUUGUUUUGUUUUCAUUUCACUUUCGUACUCUCGUUUGUCGUCUGUCGUCGUUUUGUGUUCAAGUGAAGGUGCAUGUUUUGAAUGUAUAUUUUAAAACUGAACUGCUGAAACUACACAAAUAUGGCUGCCAAUGAUAUAUCCGAUGCAAUAUUGGUUAUAAUUCAAAGAGUUGCAUCUGGAGCUUCAAAUGAUGAUCUGGUUAAGGGAUUACCAGAAGUUACAGCGCAAGCUCGAAUGGAAAGUUUGAAUAAAUUGUUGCAACAGGGUACUAUUGAAUUGCUUAAAAAAGGGGACAAGCUCAUAUAUCGUGCUAAAGAUCCGAAAAAGAGUGCAUUACCCAAAGAUGCCGAUAAUGAGGAACGAAUAAUUUAUGGUAUAAUUGAAGAAGGCGGAAAUAAAGGCAUUUGGAUUCGUGAUAUACGCAUGCAAUCAAACCUUAACAUGACUCAUUUGAAUAAAAUUUUGAAAAAUUUGGAGACCAAAAAACUGAUUAAAGCAGUCAAAUCCGUAAAUGCUAGUAAAAAAAAGGUAUACAUGCUGUACAAUUUAGAACCAGACCGCUCAGUAACUGGCGGGGCUUGGUAUCAAGAUCAAGACUUUGAGGCUGAAUUUGUAGACGUCCUUAAUCAGCAAUGCCUAAGAUUUUUACAAAUGACCCGUGAAAAUGCAGAAAAAAAACGUGAAGGUCCAUUGGCACUUAAACGGCUAUCUUGUUGUUCGGUAAAGGAAGUUCAUAAAUUUAUAUCAGACUUGGGUAUAAGUAAAGUUCAUUUAGAUGAAGAUGAUUUAGAAACUAUCUUAAAAACUGUCGUUUAUGAUGGCAAUGCAGAGCGUAUAAUGAUGCCCGAUGGUUCUUUUGUUUAUCGCGCUAUUAAUUCACCUCUUUUUGCCCCCGGCCUUGUACAAAUACCUUGUGGGAUAUGUCCCGUUAUAAGAAAUUGCUCAAAAUGUGGGGAUGUAACACCAAAUAAAUGUAUUUAUAUGACAGAUUGGUUGGAUUAAUUAAAAAUAAGGAAAUCAUUUUAAUACCCGCAUAUCGUCACCUGCAAAAUAACGUUUCAUCAAAAAAUUCGAAAUUGAGUGUCUUAUUGAUUACGAUUCACUACUUCAAAUUACAUACGUUCAACAUUUUUAGGUUCUGCGCUCAGAUAUAAACCAGUUUUAAAAAAUAUUAAAAUUUUUUUUUCAUUCUUGUUCCAUAUUAUUUCUGAAAUUUCUGAAAAUGUUGUUACGCUAUUUUGCAUUUCAGGUGACGAUAUACAUACGUAUGUAUAUUUAAAACAAAAAUAAAAAAUUAAAAAACAGAGAGGUAGUUGUAUGUCAUUAAGGUUUAGGCACGAUUACGGUUUUUCCGGCGCCGCGAUUUGAUGGUACGGAUGGAUAGAGGAGGUCCUCAGGAUUAAAAAAUGUAUACGCAUAUACCGUCCUCAGACGCAUAGCAGAGAUAAAGAGAUGUUUAACUCCUCUCUCACUGGAAGUGAGAGAGCAAUUGCUAAACGUCAAAACCACCUAAAGUCGAGCAACUGUCAAAGUUUAGGUGGUUUUGACGUUUAGCAAUUGGAAGCGAGCGAUGGCCAGAUUGAAAUCGUACCAAAAAAUAUAUAAACGGAGGGAUUUGUUGCAUCGUUCAAGACCACUUAUAAAAAAUUUAAAACAAUGAAAAUUAAGUAAAUAUGUGAUAUUUAAAGGUAUUUGAUGAAACGUUUUGUAAUUUGAAGCAUCAUAGUAUUAUUUUCAAUGGAAAAUUAUUAAAAAAAUUUAAUGAAUGACAGCUAACAAGUUUAAGUCUUUUUAUUGGGUAUUGAAAGGUCAAAAUUCAGUUCUUCUAAUAUACUUUAAAAAGAUUUAAAUAGUUUCUCCAUAUAAUAAAUAACCACUACAUAGUAAUUUUUAUUCGUACUAAAUGUUGGGUGUUUUAAUUUAAAAUGCCCAAAAAUUCUUAUUUUGUUCGAUCUGGCCACAAUGGAAAAUGUUAUAAAAAACGCUUAUUUUGAGGCGCUCUCACACUGGAAUAAGUUUAACAACCCUUUAUCCCUGAGCUUAGUUUCCGAGAUAUUUCACUUUAAAGUUCCACAAUUUUACAUGCAAUUUAGUCCUAUUUUGUUUUGUUUUGUUUUUCUUCACAUGUCAUUACAAGUACCAGUGUUGCCACAUAUUAUGUUUUAAAAAAAACUAUGAAAAAUUUUUCUUUUUAACAUUUAUAAAGAAAAUGAUACAAACGGUUUUUGUAUAUUAUGUUAAUUGAUAAAUAAAGAUAAAAAAUAACAUUCCUUUGUAUCGAACUACUUUCUGCACUGGCGGCCUUCGGCCGCGCUUCAAAAAAAUAACCCUCAUCGAUCGAACACCGGGGUAUUCAUAGUUCUUUUGUGUCGAACUACUUUCUGCACUGGCGGCCUUCGGCCGCGCUUCAAAAAAAAUAACCCUCAUCGAUCGAACACCGGGGUAUUCAUAGUUCUUUUGUGUCGAACUACUUUCUGC